AAGACGUGGCUGCGGAAGGUGAAGGUCUACACUGAGGUAUUACUGGCAGAUUUCUACAGAGACUGUUUGAUGAGAAGGAUUUAAACCAUAAGCCUGUUCUGUCUGAGAGGCUAUCAUCAUUUACCAAGUCUUCUCCUCAAACUGAAGGUUAAAUAUGAAAAGUACUAAGAAAGGAUUAUCAGUUUCAAACACAUCUCAUGAAGAAGUGAAGGAGGAAAAUGACCAGUGUUCAGGUUAUGGGAAGAUAUUCAGUAACCAAAGUAAUCUGAAAAAAGACCAGCAAGUUCACACAGGAGAGAAGCGGUAUACCUGCUCACAGUGUGGAAAGUGUUUUACCACUUCUAGCAACCUCCAAACACACCAGCGCAUUCACACAGGAGAGAAGCCGUAUCCAUGUUUACAGUGCGGAAAAUGUUUUCCUUCUUCUAGUCGUCUUCGAAGACACCAGCGUAUUCACACAGGAGAGAAGCCGUAUCCCUGCUCACAAUGUGGAAAGUGUUUUCCUUUUAAUCAUUUGGGAAGACACCAGCGCACUCACACUGGAGAGAAGCCGUAUCCCUGCUCACAGUGUGGGAAGUGUUUUACCUCUGCUGGUAGUCUCAAAACACACCAGCGCAUUCACACAGGAGAGAAGCCGUAUCCAUGUUUACAGUGCGGGAAGAGUUUUGCUUCUUCUAAUCAUCUUCGAACACACCAGCGCAUUCACACAGGAGAGAAGCCGUAUCCAUGUUUACAUUGCGGAAAGAAUUUUGCUUCUUCUAAUGGUCUCCAAAGACACCAGCGCAUUCACACAGGAGAGAAGCCGUAUUCAUGUUCACAGUGCGGUAAGAGCUUUACCACUGCUGGUCCCCUUCAAAGACACCAGCGCACUCACACUGGAGAGAAGCCCUAUUUCUGUUCACAGUGUGGAAAGAGCUUUACCUCUGCUAGUUACUUCCAAACACACCAGCGCAUUCACACUGGAGAGAAGCCGUAUAUCUGCUCACAGUGCGGGAAGAGUUUUGCUUCUUCUGAUCGUCUUCGAAGACACAAGCGCAUUCACACACGAGAGAAGCCGUAACGCCAUUCCAACGUGGUAACGUAUUGAUGUCAUGUCUAAAUACACUGCCUAGACAAAAAAAAUAAAAAAAUAGACAUCAGAAGGGUCAAUUCAUUGGACUUCAUUAAGCAAAGAAAUAAUCAAAGAGGUUUUAAAUUUCUUGAACUGGUUUAAGUAACCUUCAAAUUACCAUAUCUUGGAAGGAGAGUACUGAAUCGUCAACUUUGUGGAAGAAUUGUGUUCUGAGGGGAAAAAAAUCAUGAAUGGAGAUCACUUGAACACUGGGAGAACUUGCAUGGCAAAAUCUCAAAAGUUUAAACUGUAGGUAUGUUUUUAAUAGUGAAAGUAAGACCAUUUCUAUGCAUCUGUGAUGAUAACUUUCAGGUUUGGGACUGAACAGCUCUGUGUCUAUAAAAAAAAAACACUUAUUUGUGAGACUUCUUAGAAUAAGGGCUUGACCUUUGUAGGGAGCAUAAAGAUUGGAUUUUGUGGCAUUGAAAAAAGGUCAUGUGGUCCAUAUUGAGCCUAUCCCAGAGCAAUGGGCGCAUCAGGGUAAGAAUGGAAGCGCAUGAAGCAAUUCACCCAUUGUUUAUAGUGCUCACUGUACAAGCCUCCCGCAGCAGUGGUGACUUUGCUGUUUGUUUCCGUUGCUGACGACCUGUUAGAAUUAUUUUAUAUAUAAAGGAGUUAUUUCUACUCUCUUACUCUCUUCCUCAUAGAUCUGAUAUUAAUGUGUUAAAUCUUUCCUGCUGCUAUCCUGUCUUCUCUUGAAUCUGUUCUUAAAGGUGUGAACGCUCCCACGCUCACCUUCCCAUUCUCUCUUUAUGUCUCUCUUUCUUCCUGUCUCUCUAUCUCCCUCUGUCUCCUUCCCCCUCUCCCCCUCACUCGAGCCAACAUCUUGUGAUUCGUCUCUGGAUGGACCCUCUCUGUCUUCCUCUCCUUUGAUUCUUCAGGUUCUCACCAGGACAUUUACAGUUGUUCCUGUUCUUUGUAGUAACAUAUGUUAAUGUCACAUGCGUUUGGUCAAACAUAUAAAAACCCCAUCUUUUGUUAUUGUUAAUAAACAGAGAACUUUUUGACAGACAACGUGUGUGUGUGUGUGUGU